CUGAUAUUUCAAUAAUUGUUUUAUCAGUAAUAUAAAUAUAAUAGCUUCCAUAUUUGAUUUAAAUAAAUGCUCUCUAUUAUUCAGAAGAUAUAUCUACGACCAUAGAUAAAGACAGUCUCUACCUAUAUAAUAAAUUGAAAAUCUAUAAAAAAUUGUGAAAAAUGGAAGAAAUUGUUAUUUUUCUAUCAUUUUUGGUACUAACAAGUGCUAUUUCUGGUGGCCACGAUACGAGCAUAACUAGAUACAAAUGGCAAUUGUCUUUAAGGGAAGAAGGCAUUCAUUUUUGUGGAGCAACUUUAAUAGAUCAAGAAUGGGGCUUAACUUCAGCAUAUUGUGUUGAUCAACGUCGACCUCAAGGUCUUUCUAUCAGAGCUGGAUCUGCCAACCUCGUAUCUCAGUCUUUAACAGAUGGAUUUGAAGUCGCUGUAGACUAUUAUAUAAUAUAUCCAAGAUAUAAUAGGCUAACGCAUGAUUCUGACCUUGCUCUUCUGCACUUUGCUCGCAAUAUAACAGAAGAUAUUGUUUUAACAGUAUCCCUUCCUUUCUGCAUUACCUGUGACGUAUCAAGCACAAGCCCAACUACAAUGACAGGCUGGGGUACUUUAAAACCCGGCGAAGCUUUCUCAAAAGUACUGCAAAUGGGAUAUGUCUCAACGAUUUCUAGAGAUAAUUGCCAGUUUACUUAUCCAGGAAAAGUGAUCACUUUAAAUAUGUUUUGUGCAGGAUAUCUCCGUUCUCAAUCAUUGAAUAUUAAUGCUUGUGAUGGAGACUUUGGUGGGCCAGCCAUGGUGUUUAACAGAUUGGAAGGUAUUAUAUCUUGGGGUACGGGAUGUGGGACUUCUAGAUUUCCAACUGUAAUGACAAGAGUUGCUCCUUUUAUGCAUUGGAUACAGCAGCAAACUGGUCUAAAAUUUGGAUUAAUAUGAAGCAAAAAUGGUUACAAAAUUUUGAGUUCAUGUUUAUUUUAAUAUGUUUUACUUGCUCUCUUUUUUUACUUAAUAAGUAUGUAAAUAAAAAUGAAUAUUUUUGUU